UGCGGUAGCGUCCGCUGAGGCGGGAAGCGUGAGCUGCAGCGCCAUGGCCGGAGGUAGCGGUGGGCGGCCAGCGGGCUGUCGUCGGGUAUCGCAUCCCGCGAGUCCCGGGUCCCGGGUCCCGCAUGCACCACUGACUGUCCGUACGGCCGAGUCGCUGCGGUGCUGCGCGGAAGCGGGUCCCGCCGGAGGAGGUGAAGGGUCGUGGCGCGCUGCCCAGGAUCGGUACUCCAGGGGCGUCGCUCCUUCCGCAGCCUGGCAGCACCCUUUCCUCAACGUCUUCAGACACUUCAGGGUGGACGAGUGGAAACGGUCCAGCAAGGAGGGCGACGUGGCCAUGGUGACGGACAAGACCCUGAAGAGCGCCGUGUAUCGCAUCCGCGGGUCUGUUUCUGCCAGCAACUACAUCCAGCUCCCCAGAACUAGCACUCAGUCACUGGGAUUGACUGGGCGAUACCUGUAUGUGCUCUUCCGGCCCCUGCCCACCAAGCACUUUGUCAUCCACCUGGACGUGUCCACUGAGGACGGCCAGGUCAUCCGAGUAUCUUUCUCCAACCUAUUUAAGGAGUUCAAGUCAUCUGCCACAUGGCUUCAGUUCCCGUUCGUGUUCCAGACUAGGACUCCCAGGAGAGACCUGGCAGGUGUGGCUCCCUCUAGUGCCCGCUGGACCUGCCUGCAGCUGGACCUGCAGGACACCCUGAUGUUCUACUUGAAUAGACGGUACAGCCACCUCAAGAGCAUUAGGUUGUGUGCCAGCCUGCUGGUCAGGAACCUCUACACCAGUGAUCUGUGCUUUGACCCAGCUGUCACUGUCACUGAGGCUCGGCGUGCAAAGCUGCCUGUUACUCCUGUGCCUCGGGAAAUGGCCUUCCCAGUGCCAAAGGGAGAGAGCUGGCAUGACCAUUAUAUCCACAUCUGGUUUCCAAGUGAUGGCUCAAAGGCACCUUCCAAUCAGGUUCAGAAGAGCUGUACCCCUCCAGAGGAAGGGCAUGUGUCACAGCGCCUGCCUCAUCAAAUAGCAUUUAGCAAACCUUUGCAGAAUAGUAGAUCCCCAGUGGCCCAGAUACCUAGCCCUGUAUUGGUCCCCUCAGUACCUAAACUACUUCCAGAGGUUAGUCUGUCCUACAAGCACCCAGAGAUGUCCAAGGUAGGUGCCCCUAACAUCCAUGGCCAACAUCCUUUGUCCUGGGAGAAGGUCACAGAUGCACAUAUGGUGGUCAGUGGUGAACACGUGCUUGCCCACAAAUCAGCUGGGGCAUCCAUGACUCUUGAGGACACUGGCUCCUGUAAGCUCUUCCUCCCAGACCCAGUCCUGAAGCUCAAGGGGGUCAUUGGCUUUGGGGGCCACAGCACCCAAUGGGCCCUGUGGACUAAGGAUGGGGCAGCUGUUAUUUACCCCUGCCAUGCAAUCAUCAUUGUUUUGCACGUUGACACUGGAGAGCAACGCUUUUUCCUCGGCCACACAGACAAGGUCUCUGCCUUGGCACUAGAUGGGAACAAUAUGCUGCUAGCCUCAGCCCAGAUGCAGCCCCCCAGCAUGAUGCGGCUCUGGGACUUCCAGACUGGAGGAUGCCUGUCCCUGUUUCGGAGCCCACUACAUACUGUCUGCUCCCUCAGCUUCUCUGGUAGUGGGGCACUCCUCUGCGGUGUGGGCAAGGAUCGACACGGGAAAACGGUGGUGGUGGCCUGGGGCACAGACCAGGUGGGCAUUGAUGGUGAGGUGGUAGUUCUUGCAAAGGUGCACACUGACUUUGAUGUCCAGACCUUCCGGAUUGCCUUUUUUGAUGAAACCAGGAUGGCAUCAUGUGGACGUGGUAGUGUGCGACUAUGGCGACUGCGGGGUGGAGCACUGCGCUCCUGUGCUGUGGAUUUAGGGGAGCACUGUGCACUGGAACUUACUGACCUCGCCUUUGCACGGGCCCUGGACAGCCACUGGGUGCCCUCUGCUUACAUGCUCUAUGUGUGCAGCCAUAGCGGCCACAUCCUGGAGAUUGAUCCCCAGCACAUGGCUGUGCAGCACAUCCGCCGCCUGCUGCCCACACAGUCUCCUGAUGUUCCUCUCACUGAGAAGCAGACCUUCAGCUCAGGGUCCGGCAUUUCCAUCAGGAGCCUCAGUGUUUCACUUACCAUGUGUGCCGUGGGCUCUGAGGACGGCUACCUGCGAGUCUGGCCCCUGGACUUCUCCUCAGUGCUCCUAGAGGCAGAGCAUGAAGGCCCCAUCAGUUCAGUCUGCUUCAGUCCCGAUGGCCUGCGUGUGCUGUCCACCACUUCUUCAGGCCAUCUGGGAUUCUUGGAUGUCCCUUCCCGGGAAUAUACUGUACUGGCACGCUCCCAUAUGGCUCCAGUGUUGGCGCUUUCCAUGGAGCAGAGCCGGAGACAGCUGGCCACUGUGUCCCUGGACCACACUGUCCGCAUCUGGGACCUGACCACUUUGCGGCAGCUAUAUGACUUCAUGUCUCCUGAUGAGGCCCCUUGUGCUGUUGCCUUCCAUCCCAUGUUGCCAACUUUCUUCUGUGGCUUCAGCAGUGGAGCUGUACGCUCCUUUAGCCUGGAGAACUCUGGGGUUCUGGUGGAACACACGCGUCACCGAGGGGCCAUCACCAGCCUGGUCACCACCCCUGAUGGCAGCUUCCUGUUCAGCUCCUGCUCUCAGGGCUCCCUGGUCCAAUACAACUGUGCUGUCCCCCGAUGCUGCGUCCUACGUGUGGCAGCCAACAUGGUAAGCCAGGAUGGCCACCCCAACCCCAAUACUUUGGCAGUCAGUGGGGAUAGUCGCCGGUUGGCCUUUGUGGGCCCUUCCAAGUGCAUGGUGACAGUCAUGGAGUCGGCCUCCCUGGAUGAGCUACUACGAGUUGAUGUCAGCACCCUGAAUUUGGCCAGCAGCCACCUGGACUGGGCUGUGGCUGUCUGCUUCAGCCCUGGAGUUCCAGUCCAUCUGUUGGUGUCCACAUCCUCCAAGAAAGUUGUGAUAUUGGAUGCGAUGUCAGGACACAUUAUCCGGGAGCUAUCCAGUGUCCGUUCUGGGUCCUGCUCCUCCCUGGCUGUCAGUGAGGAUUCCCGUUUCCUGCUGGCUGCCACUGGUCGGGCCAUCACCAUAUGGGAUUACCCAACACGGGCAAACCCCAGCACCCAGGUAUACAUUGGCCAUUCAGAGUCCGUGCAGGCUGUGGCCUUCACCCCUGACCAGCAACAAGUCCUCAGCGCAGGGGAUGCCAUCUUCCUCUGGGAUGUCCUGGCCACUCCUGAGAGUGACAGAAGUGAGCCUGGGGUGCCCCCAGACCAUGAGGCUGGCCCUAAUGUGGAGCAGCUGGAGGACAUAGCAUCUGGGGCCAGGGAACUGCCCCGGCAGCAGGUGCCUGUACCAUCCCAGGCAUCACCACCCCCACUGAGCUUCCAUGCCAGGCCCCUUGAGGGCAGUGCUGUCACCUUCUCCACAUCGGACGAGGAGGGACCCUGUGAGGAAAGCCAUGUUUCUGAGGGACUUCUUCAAGCCCAAGCCCCAGCCCCACCUGUGCUCGUGGAGAGGGAGGCCAGUGGAGCUGGGGAUGGUCUUAGGGAGACUGCAAGAGUCCCUUGGGCACUUACUGUGCCUCCUCAUCACCACAACCAGACUAUUGAAUGGACCACUAAGAAAACUAAGAUCCAGCCCCCAACCCGCCCAGAUUCCUAUAAGCACUUCAUACCUCGCUAUAAGACUUCUACACAGACCAAGAGUGUCUCCUUUCCUCCCACUGGCAGGGAGCAGCUGCGACUGAAGACUGUUGUGGGCUACAAUGGGAACGGGCGGGCCAACAUGGUCUGGAGGCCUGACACAGGCUUCUUUGCCUACACGUGUGGCCGCCUGGUGGUGGUUGAGGACCUGCAUUCUGGCACCCAGCAGCACUGGCUUGGCCACCCCGAGGAGAUCUCUACACUGGCACUCAGCCAGGAUGGCCAGGUCUUGGCCUCUGCCUCCUGCCGUGGCAACACAGCUACCCACUGCCAGAUCUGCAUCUGGGAUGUUCCUACGGGCUUUUGUCAACACCUUCUUUCCCAUCAUGACACGGCUGUGCAGGCCCUGGCCUUCUCGCCGGUUGAUGAGUUCCUUGUGACAUUGGGGGACUACAGUGACUGCACUCUCGCCCUGUGGAGCACGGCCACCUAUGAACUCCUGUCUUCUACGUGCCUUCCAGAGCCCAUGCAUGGUGUGGCCUUCAACCCCUGGGAUGCCAAUGAGCUCACCUGUGUGGGCACAGGUGCCAUUACCUUCUGGCUCCUGCAGCAGUGUGGAACAGACACCAGCCUCCAGGUUCACCGAGAACCAGUCCCUGAGGUGGUGGGGGCAGCUGAGUUGACUUCCCUUUGCUAUGGGCCCAGCCCCUUGCUCUACUGUGGCUCCAGCUCUGGCCAAGUCUGUGUCUGGGAUACUAGUGCUGGCCACUGCUUCUUAACCUGGGAGGCAGAUGAUGGCGAGAUUGGAGUGCUGUUGUGCUCAGGCUCAAGACUAGUCAGUGGCAGUAACACGAGGCGGCUGCGCUUGUGGGCUGUGGGGGUUGUGCCAGAGCUGAGGUGCAAGGGCUCAAGUGCCAGGUCCAGUUCUGUUUACAUGGAACAUGAGUUGACGCUGGAUGGGGCUGUUGUAAGUGCUAGCUUUGACAGUGGCAUGGACAUGGGUAUAGUAGGCACUACAGCUGGCACACUCUGGUACAUCAGCUGGAUGGAGGGCACUAGUACCCGCCUCAUCAGUGGCCACAGAAGCAAGGUGAACGAAGUGGUAUUUAGCCCCAGCGAGUCUCACUGUGCCACUUGUGGUGAAGAUGGGAGUGUGAGGGUAUGGUCCUUGGCCAGCAUGGAGCUGGUGAUCCAGUUCCAGGUGCUGAAUCAGAGCUGCCUCUGCCUUGCCUGGAGCCCCUCAUCCUCUGGACGCCCAGAGCAGCAGCAGGUGGUGGCAGGCUACAGUGAUGGCACACUGCGUGUCUUCAGCAUCUCUCGUACUGCAAUGGAGCUCAAGAUGCACCCACACCGCACUGCCCUGACGGCCAUUGCCUUCUCCAGUGAUGGUCAUACCAUUCUCUCUGGUGACAAGGAUGGGCUUGUGGCUGUAAGCCACACCCGCACAGGAAUGACCUUCCGUGUGUUCAAUGACCACUGGGGUGCCCCAAUCUCUGCUAUCCAGAGCACAAGCAAAGAGUAUGGAGACCUAGGGGUGGAGGGUGUAGAUCUGUGGCUGGCUGCGAGUGGGGACCAGCGGGUCAGUAUCUGGGCUUCUGACUGGUCCCUGAAUCACUGUGCGCUUCUGGAAUGGUUGAGCUUCCCUGCACCUGUCAUCACUGAGGCUCCAGGCCUCCUGCCACCCUCCCUUGCUGCCUUCUGCCCUUGGGAUAGGGAACUACUGGUGUGUGUGGGCCUUGGUGCAUAUGAAGAGGUAGUUUUCUACAGCCUCCGCCAAAAGCAGGUGGUGCAAAAGACACCUCUUCCCUUCUUUGCCACAUCCCUGAGCCUGUCCCCAGGGACCCACCUCAUGGCUGUUGGCUUUGCUGAGUGUAUGCUAAGGCUCCUGGACUGUGAAUCAGGGACUGCCCAGGACUUUGCAGGUCAUGAUGACUCAGUUCACCUGUGCAGGUUCACCCCAUCUGCCAGACUGCUCUUCACAGCUGCCCACAAUGAGAUCCUGGUGUGGGAAGUCACCAACUCCUGAGCUUCUGCUGGGAACCAAGCAGAAAAGCCAGGUUGUGGAUGGUGGUAUGCUGAGCCAGGAUGGCUGGGACAGGCAAAGACUGCACAAAUCAUCGGAA